AUGUCCGUCCUAAGCCCCGCAGCCUCCUCGUCAUCUUCUGCAGAUCCGUUUCAACUGGAGCGACUUGCGGAAGAGCUUGCUACCAGGGAGCUGUCCCAUCCUGCUCAGUCAUAUCCACAAGACGGUUCCAGUCACGACCUGCCAAUAUACACUCCUCUCUCACAUGAGAACCCAUUCCUUUCUGCGGAAAAAUUCGAUGUCGAGGCAUUUCUUCUCUCUAGGUCACAUACCUCCUUGCAGGAUCUUCGCGCGGAACUCAGGGAUUAUCUGGCGACAUUGAAGGAAGAACUCGUGAAACUCAUCAACGACGACUAUGAGGCCUUUAUCAGUCUUAGCACUGAUCUCAAAGGGGAGGGGGAGAGAUUAACCGGACUGAAGCAACCAUUGGGCGCGCUCAAGUCAGAGAUAUCGCUUUCCAAAACCGAACUACGCGCUAUCCAAGAUGAAAUUAUGCUCAAGCUGGAACAAAGGACUGUUAUAAGAGAGGAGAAGGCCCUUCUACAUCUGUUACUCAAGAUAUCAGAAUCAGUGACACGUCUGGAAUCGUUACUCUCCAUCACCAAUCCUAGCCAAGAUGAGGAGCCAGUCGAAUAUGAGCAGUUCAAGGUUUCUGCUACGUCAAAUACAACAGAGAACACCAAUGAAAGGUCACCGGCCAACAAAGCAAAACAUCUAAAUCGUGCUGCGGCGGAGUACACACAGCUCUUAUAUCAUGCCUCAAAGGCUCGCAGUGAGAAUUGUGCAUUUGUCGACGAGAUUCAAUGGAAAAUUGACCGAAUACAGUCGUCACUGUCAUCAGACCUUGACGCUCUAUUCGCUUCAACGCUUUCCGCAAUCGCAGGAGAUGCAAAAUUAUCGGAGUUGGAGAAGAACAAAAUAUUGCCGGACUUGACAGAGUGUAUCAGGACGUACGAUGUUCUUGGUUUGUGGCGGGAUGCAGAAGAGAUACUUCGAUCAGAGGUAAUGCGUCCGUUCAUAAAAAAGACUGUUUUCACCGGUGCAUUAUCAGCUCCCCACUCUCCCUUACUACCCCACACCCCGUUUCGUUCAUCGAUGGGAUCGGGUUUUUCAAACUCUUCCUCUUCGAUGCCCCCGAGAACACCUUUUACACCAUUCACUGCAUUUUCCACCCAACAAAGCGCCUUUCCAUCACUUGGGAAGACAAAAUCACCAUAUUCCCAUCUUUUGGACGAUAGUGAUGACCCCCUGGCAAAGUUGUACACCCAGAUCCUUCGUUUUGUGGAACGAGACUUCAGCAGUAUCAUGGAUAUUGCUGAAAAAGUUUCUGUCAAAUCGCGCUCUUCUACUGAUCCUUUCCAAAUCGACACCGCGGAGAACGGAAGGAAGAGAGAUGGUUUGGGAUUUGACAUUGUGGCAAAUGUGAUAUGGAAUGAGCUUGGAAAAGCCAUUAUGGAUGAUCUUGGUGGUUUUGUAUUUGCUUCUGGUAGACCAGAUGAAUUUCGGAAGAAUUACGAGAUCACACAAGCGUUCAUUCGUUCUUUGGAAUUUAUGGCCCCCUCCGCACAGUCAGUACAGAGCAUGAGGGCACAUCCUGUUUAUUCCAUGUUCGAGAAACGUUGGCAAUUACCCGUCUAUUUCCAAAUGCGGUGGAAGGAGAUUGUCAGCAAGGUUGAAGACGCUCUUGCACUCCCUGUCGAGCCUUCUGGAAAACCUCCUGGGACCGCCGACUCCCUUAUUACUCCUCAGGCAACGUCUGUCUGGGUUGCUCUCACCGCCUGUUGGAGCGCUGAAAUAUAUAUUCCGGAAUUGAGUCAUAGGUUUUGGAGGCUGACUCUCCAGCUUCUGAGCCGAUACCGGGUCUGGCUGAAUGAUGUCGUUCAAGACACUAAUUACGGUUCUCUGAAUAGCGUCAAUACUAUCAACACAGGAAAGGUUUCCGAAGCAAAUACCAGGUCCCCUACCCCAGGGCUUUCCGAAAGACCGUCAUUGGAAGCCUUUUCCGCCGACGAAUCCCUGCUCCUCAGAUAUGUCAGCUUAAUCGCAGACAUCAAGACUUUGCAAUUCAGUACAAUGAAUCUCUGGCAGGAAGAAAUAUGCAUAAUGCUUCCCGAACCGGAUGAGCUAGAUGGGGACGGCAAAUCGCUGGAUGCAUUGGAAAAUGCUGUUGACGCCUUAUCUGCGUUAAUAAGACCUAUGUCUAGCACUGUUAUUGCAGUGUUGACGGAGAGAUGUAUUGUCCCUCUGAAUGCGGUUAAAAAGAUUCGUACAGACCUUAGAGCCAAGGCAAACAAGCAAUUACCGACGGAACCACAUCCCUGGAUAACAUCUGUCUUGCGACCUCUAAAAGUAUUUUUUGGUCUGAGUGGAAAAGAUGGAAUUGGCGCUGUUCUCAAGACCGAGUAUCUUGACCCUUGGUCUAAGCAAAUAUUUGAGAACGUCUGUGAGAAGUAUAUUUCACAUGUUUCAACUUUGAAGAAAGCAGAGGAGUCUUUACGCCGCCUCAAAAGAGGACCAAAAAACACGACGUUUUCACUGUUCGGUAGUGCCAAUCCAAGAGACGUCGAGGGCAGAGAUGAAGAACGCAUUCGGGUACGGCUAAUACUGGAUGUGGAAGCAUUGAGAAAAGACGCUGAAACGCUGGGGAUCAUCCCAGGGGAUAGUGAAGCCUUCGUAGUAUUGAGUAAUCUGGUGCAAAGCAAUGACCCUCCAGAAACUUCGUAA